AUGAAGAAUUUCGCUUAUAUUUCCAUAUUGCUACCGGUUCUGCAAAUGCUGGACUUUGCCGAGCUUGAGUUAAAUGGAAUUGUCUCGUUGAAUUGGUCGGUCUCUAAUGGUCUAAUGAGUCUCAGUGUUAUAUAUUCUUUAACAGUGACUCACUGCAACAAUCUGAUGUAUUUAUCUAUUUCCACUGUCUCUCCAUGUAGAUUUUUGCUGCCUAAAUGGGCUGAGUUUGAGCUCGGACUAGCACCCGUGUUUUGGAAAACUAUGAACGACCUUCCUCCAACCGAGAAAAAAAAUAGGAUUUUUUACAAUCCAACUGCCACCAUUAUUGAACCUAAUAAAGACUUUGUAAUUGAUUUUAAUGGUGGAUUUAAUCAGCCUAUUAUGUGUGGUGGUGAGCCAAGAGCGAUGCUCAAAAAAGCGAGAGGCAAAGUUGAUCCGCCAAUCUUUAGUAUUCAAAUAUCCAUCCCUAAGUGUGCUAUGAACUUGAUUUUCUCUUUUACCAACGGUUCUAAGUGGGACGGUCCUUACAGAUUGCAAUAUCAAAUUCUGAAGGCCUUUCAAAACAAACCAAUCAGUUUCUUUAAUGAUGUAAGCACAAGGCUCCCUUUUUGCUUCUGUUAAUCACCACU